AAUAAUGGAUUCUAUUAAGAUUUUUGAAAUCCAAGAAGCAAUAACAAUGGAUUCUUAAAAUUCACAAACUCUACACAAAUUCAUCUUCCAAUAACCCUUUGUAUUUUUAUCACAAAUUUUUUGAAAAUCACAUGGAUACAUAUGAUAUUUUAUAAGUUAAGUCUUAUGAGUAAAAAUGAAUAGAAUUCAUCUCCCAAUAACACUAGAUUUAGUUAGAAUUAGAAAAUCAAUAAUAACUAAACUUUUUGAAUAACAAGAUAUUUGAAUGGAUUUUAAAAAUUCUUAAACCAAUAAUAAUGUAUUCUAUUAAGACUUUUGAAAUCCAAAAAGCAAUAACAAUGAAUUCUUAAAAGUCACAAACUCUACACAAAUUCAUUUCAGGAAUAUUUACUCGAGAACUCAUUCGCAUGCAAAAUUUUGAACGUGUGAUUGUUCUAAUUAAAUCUGACUGCUACAAAAGGAAAAAUGAGAUGGGAACACGACUUUUUGUCCACCACCGUCCCUUCCUGUGGAUGUACUGGCGUGAGCAUGACGCAACCGGAUAUAACUCGAAUUUCCACAAGUCUCCUGUCCUAGGAUGUACUGGCGUGAGCAUGACGCAACCGGAUGUACUGGCGUGAGCAUGACGCAACCGGAUAUAACUCGAAUUUCCACAAGUCUCCUGUCCUAGGAUGUACUGGCGUGAGCAUGACGCAACCGGAUAUAACUCGAAUUUCGAGCAACAGAGCCCAUUCUACAGUUCCUUCAGGGAUCAGUAGUUUAGGAUCAUUACCAACGCACCAUAGGACAGAAGGAGAGAUACUUUCAUCUCCAAAUCUAAAGGCUUUCUCUUUCAACGAACUAAAGAACGCAACUAAGAACUUUCGUCCUGAUAGUGUACUAGGAGAAGGAGAUUUUGGUUGUGUAUUCAAAGGAUGGAUUGAUGAAACAACUCUCACUGCUUCACGACCUGGUUCAGGUAUCGCUGUUGCUAUUAAGAAUCUUAAGCCUGACGGUUUUCAAGGUCGUAAAGAUUGGUUGACUGAAGUAAACAAUCUUGGUCAACUUAGUCAUCCAAAUCUUGUAUUACUAAUUGGAUACUGCACCGAAGGCGAAAACCUGCUUCUUGUACAUGAGUUCAUGCCUAGAGGAAGCUUGGAGAGCCAUCUUUUUAGACGUGGUCCGCAGGCACUUACAUGGGAAAUAAGGAUGAAAGUGGCAGUAGGUGCAGCUAAAGGGCUUACUUUUCUUCAUGAAGCAAAGUCACAAGUCAUAUAUAGAGACUUCAGAUCUGCUAAGAUUCUACUCGACGCUGACUACAAUGCCAAGCUUUCGUAUAUCGGUCUGGCUAAUGCAGGUCCUACUCGAGAUUAUGAUACACAUGUAGCUACAGUUUUCAUGGGUGUUCAUGGAUAUGCAGCUCCUGAAUAUAUCGCCACAGGUUUGUUCUGUAAACUCAGUUUACAUGGUACUAAACUAGUAAACUAGACUAAACCACGAACCCAAAUCUCUAGUUUUCUAUCACUUUCUGAAAUCUCAUUUUCAUCAUCUACAGGUGAACUGACGGCAAAGAGUGAUGUGUACAGUUUCGGCGUGGUCCUACUUGAACUAAUAUCAGGACGACAUGCCAUGGACUAUUCAAAUAAUGGAGUCAGAUGUAGUCUUGUGGACUGGGCUAAACCGAACCUUGGCAAUAAGCGGAAGCUUUUUAGCAUAAUGGACACGAAACUAGGCGGGCAAUAUCCACAAAAGGGAGCUUACACAGUUGCUACUCUCGCUUUGCUGUGCUUAAACCCCGAGGCAAAGGUCAGGCCUAAAAUGUCAGCGGUUUUAGUCACAUUAGAAAAGCUAGAAUCCGCUGCUAAACCAGGAACAAAAUACACUCAAACGGAAUCUCUUCUAGUCCUUCGCAAAGUCUUCCAAAACACCGCCGAACGAAACGUGGGAAAACUCGGAGCAAACUGGGAAGGACCCUAUAAACUCAAAAAAAUUGUCCGACCAGGCUCCUACGAAAUUGCAAACAUGCAAGGCAUAAAAAUUCCGAGGACCUGGAACGCGAUGCAUCUCAAAAAAUACUAUCACUGACCAACUCGCAAUCACCGAACUACGAGACGGCUUGAUCUCCAUAAGAAGUACGUAGGCAGUUUGUCAAAAGACAAAUUCAUCUGUCCCCCCCUCAUCAAAAAAAGGGGGGGGGGGGAGGGGAGUGGAUACGUAUACUCGUAUACUCUUAAACUCGAAAACAUCCGACCAAGCCUUCGAUGUUUCCGACAUAUUUCGACCAAGCAAAAUCACCUUCUAUCCGCAAAACAUUUUCGAAUUUCGAAAAUAAAUCAGUCGUUGGGAAGAAGCUGUCGUUGGCAUCGCGAGACGUCGCGAGAGAUGCAUCAAGGAUUACUUCUUCCGAACGACGAAAACAGACACUCCGUCAAAAAAUGAUGAAUAUUUUAACACAUAUCUCACGCAAAAACUCUAAACAACGGCAUUCGCCGCCAAGUUCGAUGCUGAUCACAUCGAACUCUCGAACGUCCUAAACAGACAUAGCCAUCUUACAAAGAUGACUCUCGUACAUCUGACACAAGGAUAAUAGCGCUAUAAAAGAAACCCAAAAUUUUGGUCCAGCACUUCCGGUUGGCUUAAAAAUUGUCUCCGGAGAGAUGCUCGAUUCGUAUCUAACAAGUCAUAUAAGCCGAGAACCUAUCGCGGACUUUAAAUCAGUACGAAUCAGGUCAAAAUCGCGACAGAUAAAACGAUAGUCGGCUAGUCACCGCAAAAAAUCUUAAACCGGAAGUAAACCUAGGUCUUGCCCUAAACCCAGCGCACUGGUCUCUAACAUCUCAAGGCAUGAUAUCCAAAAGAUACGAGAUCCCAAAACCAUGCCUCUAUGUUUAUGUUCGACAUCUUCAGAUAUCCCGCGAAGUUGAUGCCUCUCGGAAAAACUCCCGAAACAGAUCUCGAACAAAACAUUUCACAUCGAAAAAGGAUAUGAGACGACAACUCAUCACCCUUCUUCCACACCAUACGUAAGCUUAUGAAAAACGCAACUCGACCAUCUUGUCAUAAAAGCCGCAGAGCGGCGGGGAUUCAAAGCCACACACGGCCAGUCCCGAAAC